AUGACCAACACGCUGAAGACAUUGGGCAUCGCUGCCACUGCACGCGUGCCAUGCUGGCCUAAAGAUAUCCCUGCAGCCGCUCGUCGCCCCCGGGAUGAGCUCCUUGAUGGACUGGAGGAGAGUGAUGAGGGCGGUGUUCACGAUCAAUUCUCCAUGCUUCUGGUCGCGUUGUAUUCGGUGUAA